AUGACAUCAUUAAUAAAAGAUACGAAGAACCAUUCUUAUAGUUGUGGAACUAGACUGGUAACAGAGGGAGUAUAUUUUUUGGCAUAUGUAACAGUCAAAUGGGACGGCAGUGAUGGAUUUCAACCUCUUCAUAAGACUAUUGUUCCUUUCAAUACUGUGACUCAGCAGCCAACUACUCCAAAAUCAGAUUCUGAUUUUUUAGAUCUCUCGAUCAUCAUAUCAACAGUUGGAUCAGUAACUUGCAUUUGUACAAUUAUUGUGUUGACUUUAACUUGCCGGAAGAUUUGUCUUUCAAAGCGAAACGCAGCACCAACUGCCCUUAUCACUGCACCUUCAAACAGAUCUAUUCUUGAACAAACGACUCCAGAUGUCAGUAUGAAAAAUAACCAUGCAGCACCAAAAGGCAGCAGGAAAGUUGUCUCUUUUAACCAAAAUCUUGAUUACAGGCGUUAUCAAGAUUUCAGUAUGACAAACAACCUUGCAGCACCAAAAAGCAGUAGGAAAGAGCAUUCCUGUGAUAAUUAUCCUCAUAAUCAAGGUUAAUAAGUGUGUUUACCAAUCUUUGCGUUGCACUUUGCAAAUACAGCUGUUUUACAAACCACGCCUCUUUUGUGGCGAUACACCAUAUUCAUAAAUACUUUGUUUUGGCUACGUACUUGUUCCCAGAUAUGAUCUCUAUGCUUCAUGUCAUAGAGACAUAACUUGGAAAUAUUACCAGUAUAUAUAUAU